AUGGCAGACCCUUCAAAUCGUUCAUCUUCAUGGAAAGGCCAAAACUGCUGCAGCUGGCAUGGAAUCGACUGUUCGGACUCGUUUCAUGUGACAGCCAUUGACCUUCGAAAUCCCAAACCAGACAACCUUAUUCUGGACACGAAUUCCCAACUUGUUUCAACGUCUGAUGUCCCAUCUACUGCUCUUACUGGACCCAUCCACCCUUCUUUGUUCUAUCCCUUACUCAUCUCAGAUACCUUGACCUCAGUUUCAACAACUUCAGUUUCUCAAAGCAUUGACGACCACUCAUCAAUUUACACUACCUUGUCAUCUACCCGGACAAUUCAUGAAGGUUCUCUAUACACAUACAUGAAUCGAGGCAAUUUGUAUGCACCGAAUUUGAGUUGGUUGCAAAGGUUGAACAAUCUCAGAAAACUAAAACUGAAUGGUGUGGAUUUAUCCAAAGCAUCUCGAUCAAACCUGUGGGCUAAAUCGGUAUCGACUCUUUCCAAGCUGAGGUUUCUUGAGCUGUCUAAUUGUAGGAUUUCUGGGGAGGUUCCAGUUGAGCAACUUCUCAACCUCACUAAAUUAUCUGAAUUGUACAUGGACUACAACUUCUUGGCAUCGAAAAUCCCGAGUAAGUUGGCCAAUCUCACCUCCCUCUCAGUCCUAGACCUCACUAGAUCGAACCUACAAGGUCAUAUCCCUUACCUUCCUCAAGUAAAGACACUUCAUGUGGGAAACAACUCUGAUGUUAUGGUUGAUCUCCAUUCAAUGUUUGCAGUCCCCUGGCCUCGAUUAGAAUCAAUCGACAUAUCAUCUACUCAUGUCAUUGGAUCCAUCCCACCCUCCAUCGCCAACAUCACCUCAUUAGUUGAUUUCAUAGCAUACAACAGUUUGAUUCAAGGACGGAUACCUGCCUCCAUGAUGAACCUUACGAGGUUGGAAAUGUUGAGUCUAGAUAUGAACAACAUAAGUGGUGAGAUUUCACCAUCAAUAUCCAAUUUAAAAAGCCUGCAACUUCUAUCUUUGCUUCAGAACUCUUUUCAUGGAUUGAUCCCCGACACAAUUUGUAGUAUCUCCUCUCUCAGGUAUCUAUUGUUAGCAGGCAACUCUUUUACCGGAAACAUUCCAAAUUGCAUAGGCCAGCUCAAUGAUCUCAGCUACUUUGAGGUUAGUUCCAACAAGAUGAAUGGAUCAAUCCCUUCAUUGUCAUCUUUUUUCAGAAACUCAACUCCAUAA